AUAGAUACAAACAUUUAUGGGAGAAAAGGCAAAUUUGUAAACGUUAAUUCUAAUUAUUGGAUAAAUUAACAAAAUAAUGGCAGCAUUAGUUGAUGGUGGCAUUUCACAGCCUUCCAGCAAUGGAAUUGAUACAGAAAUACUAAAUAACAUCAAAGAAUUGAUCAUAAAUAGAACAGGAUGUCCUCCAGUGAAUGCGGACCAUUUGUAUGCAUUGAAACAGUACUUUGACCGUUUUCCACAUCCCUGUCCUACAAUAGAGGGUAGUAUUGCAGGGGGGACAAUCCCCACCCCCCAUCCUCCCCAGCCAGUCACACAAAAUCUUCAAGGUUGGGGGAAUGUUAAUCCACAAGAUCUAGACAACAUCCAAAACCAUUUCAACCAUUAUUCUCAGGAGGAUCAGCAACUCGCAUACAAUCAUUUCUUCCAAAAACUCCAUCGUGCUCCAAGUGUUCUGGAGUUUUCCCGGUUCCUGCAGAUAUAUGAAGGUAAUGCUCUGACGGACACCUCUCACAAGACUUUAGGGCAGCUAUACUUAGAAAAUGAAGAGUUCCGGGAAACUCUGAGAAGCCAUCUUCGAAGUAUUGAACUCCUUGAACAAAUGAUGAGCUCAAAGAAUGUCAUGAUUGAAGUAUUGGGGCAGUCCAGUACAGAAAAUGGAAGGAAGAUCCAUGAUCUACAAACACAAAAGGACAACCUCCAGAGAAUCCUGUGUACUGUACAGCAAGACAAGGCACAGCUUCAGCUAGACCACAAUGCACUGAAACAGGAAUACACUCAGUGUCUGGCUGAGCUGGAGGACGAAAGGAAAGAUAAGCAGGUGUCUCAACACAUGUGUCAACAGUUACAGACAGACAAACAGGCACUCCAACAUCAAAAUACACAGCUUCAGAACACAAUUACUACACAAACAGGCACAAUUACAGACAUGCAGGUUACAAUUCAUGAACAUGAACAAAAUACAGACAGACUAACAGACAUGAUCAGAGAUCUUCGACAGAAGCUACACAGAGAAAGUAGGGGAAAAUCAGAGAUUUAUGACCAGUUGGUGCAAAAAACAAAGAUGGUCUCUGAAUUAGAGGACGAUAGGGCACUAUUUAUGAUGGAAAAUGAGGCACAAACACAAUACUUCUUAGACAUGAAGGAAGAACAGAAAAAACUUCAGAUAGAAAAUAAAGAACUGAAAGAAUAUAUUCACAGGUGCAAAAAUAUUCUUAAAGCACAAUAUGACAAGCUUAUUUCAACAAUUGAAGUUAGUUUAAGCAGACUUGAGGAAAAUUUAGCAUUGAUGAAAGAAAAGAAUUCUGAAUUGUCUAAAGCAGUCACUAACCUGGAAAUUAAAACUUCAAAACAAUCCAUUACGAUCUCUGAUUUAGAAAGCAAAAACUCUGACCUAGAGACUAAGAACUCUGACCUAGAGACUAAGAACUCUGACCUAGAGACUAAGAACUCUGACCUAGAGACUAAGAACUCUGACCUAGAGACUAAGAACUCUGACCUAGAGACUAAGAACUCUGACCUGGAGUGUAAGAACUGUGACCUGGAGAUUAAGAACUCUGACCUGGAGACUAAGAAUUCUGACCUAGAGACUAAGAACUCUGACCUAGAGACUAAGAACUCUGACCUAGAGACUAAGAACUCUGACCUAGAGACUAAGAACUCUGAACAGUCCAUUACAAUCUCUGACCUGGAGACUAAGAACUCUGACCUAGAGACUAAGAACUCUGACCUAGAGACUAAGAACUCUGACCUUGAAAAGAGGGCAACUAGACAAUCAAAUACUGUCUCAGAUCUUGAGAACAAAACCACUGAGCUUCAGCUACAAACUCAAAGGCAGCAACUUCUUAUUCUCUUCUUGGUAGCUCUUGUCUUUACACUUAUUUGUUUACAUUUCACCUCCUCAGGAAGCAAUGCAUAUUCUACAUCAUAGCACAGAUACUCACACAUCAGAACACAUACACUAUUCUGUACAUACUGAUCUUCACAUCUCAUUGAAUCCAUGAACUUUUUAUUUUUUUUCUUUAUAAUCAUGACAGAAAUCACAAACUUUCACAAAUUUGCCUCAAUCUUUGUAAUAGGCAUCUAAUCACCACCUUACUUUAUUUUUGUAAAUAUAAAUAGCAUAAUUACAUCGAUUGUUUAAGUAUGUGUGUUGUAAACAUUAACCUCUCUUUGUGUUGCUUAUUAGUGCUAAAUGUGAGUUUAUGUCUUAAGGUUGUUUUGUAUCAGAUAUUCUAUAAAACUGUA